UAAAAUCUUAGUUACAUUAUAAUAGUACUAUGAGCAACAUGAACGGACUUCAUAUUUUAAUGGUGAUGAUUACACUUGUUGUGCAAUAUGAAGCAUUCCUAUUCAACGGUAUGUUCAAAUGUCCUCCGUCUACCCUUCGGGCACAUUACCUGGCUCAAUUCUUUUUCUCUCCCGGAUAUCCGAUGGGAUAUCCCAGUGGCAUGGAUUGUCAGUGGGUUAUUGAAGCACCACCCGGUCAUCAAGUAGAAAUCGUAUUUGUUGAAGUUUUGACGGAAUCAUGCUGUGACAUCAUUGAGUUACGGGAUGGUAAUUCUAGUUCCUCUGGACUACUAGCCACAUAUCGUGGAAAUGUCACGGAAUCGAUUUACGUUUCAUCCUUUGGAUCAAUUUUUGUUCGUUUCAAAACAGAUGAAUCAUAUGAAGACAAUGGUUUUGCAGCAGAAUACAGGAUAGCCACAACUCACUCGGAAAAUUGUACAGAAAAUUUGGAAGCGCAGGAAGAAGGCAAGCUUCUAAAAUCUCCUGGUUGGCCAGUUCAUUAUGAAAAUAAUCUUCAUUGUACAUGGACAAUAAAAGCACCUGCGGACAAAAGCGUUGCUGUUACAUUUCAAGAAAUGGAUACAGAAUCAUGCUGUGAUUAUGUCUUGGUAAGAUAUGGUAAUUCAAUGAAUUCCAAAGUGUAUGAAUUGGGAGGAGCUAUCGGUCCACAAAUUCAACCACAAUAUAUAUCUACUGGGGGUAUAUUACAAGUUGUAUUUAGAUCUGAUAGUACAACAAUUAGAAGAGGUUUUUCAGCCGUUUAUAAAGCAGUCGAAAGAAAACAAAAAGUAAUUAAAAUAGAAAAAGAAAAAUGCGGCGGAAGAUUCGUUGUACCUCAACAUGGACAUGGCACCUUUACUACACCCAGAUAUCCAAUGAAGCAUGCGAAUGAUCUUAAAUGUGUCUGGAUACUAAUGGCUCCUCCGAAGGUCAAAAUAAUGCUUUGGUUCACAUCAGUGAGCACAGAAGCCUGCUGUGAUUUCAUCAAGAUUCGGGAUGGAGAUAAACCAACUUCAAGAAAAUUAGGAGUAUUAAGUGGAAAAAACAUCAUGUUUUCCUAUUACGUAUCUUCCUCUAACAAAUUGCGAGUAGAUUUUGAAUCCGAUAUCUCAACUGCAAGUCGUGGAUUUCGAGCUGUCUUUGAAAGGCUGCAUGAUUCUAGUAAAGAAGCAUGUGGUGGUGUUCGGAGAGCUCUGAAAACAGGAGGAAAUAUAUUUCAAGUCCAAACUGGCCUUCCAGCCCAGACUCGCCACGAUGUGAAUGGACAAUUUCUGCUCCAAUUGGAUAUUCAGUUUUUGUUUCAAGUAAUCGGAUUUCACACAAAUCGAUUCCGGACCAAAUAUUGUUCUACGAUGGAAACUCGCGCCUUCGCGCAUUUGCAAUAAUGGACGGAAAAUCGGCUUGCUUUCAAGAUAUAUCAGUUCUCGAAUGCUUUGAUUAUCUGGUGUUCAAACCAGACUUCACAACAACGGAAGGUGGAUUCCGCGCGUACUUCAGAGCUAUCCCAAAAGACAAUCAUUACGGCAAUCAAUAUCCAGCGUAAGUCCGGCAACAUGCAUGAAAGAGAAUGAUAAACUGAAUGGCCAAUUUAUACGAAGUAAGAUAUAACAUAAAGAUCAGCUUCGGUCGAUAUUCAUUCGUGGACGACGGUUUUUUAUUUCCUAGAUUAUCUUGAACACCUCAACUAAGCAAAAAUUCUGCUAGGCUACAAGGCUUCCGUAGAAAUGGGUUUUUAUUGCCCACUAAUCUCAACCUACCUUUAUUCAUAUUUUCUCUGUACGAUUUUGAGCAUGUUUCAACGUCCAAGAUAGCAUUGAUAUACUUGUACGACAUUUGGAAGAAUCAGGAUUGACAAUUCCGACGAAACGUAUACUGAUAUUCUAGCCAACCCACCGGUUUUUCAGUUGUACUCCAAAAUAUGAGAUCAUUUUGUGAUAUCGAUUUUUGAUCCUCAUGAAUUAUUUGAUCCGGCUAUAGAUACUCCCACACAGGUACUUCAUUGCUGAUUCGCAAUGAAACAAGUCAUUUCAAUGCUUUUGGUCGUUGAAAACUUGCUCUUUUCAUUCAAAUAAAUUUCGUAUCGAAAUAA